CCAUGAGCAGCAGAUCCACCAUGAGGUGCCAGAGCAGCAGCAGCCGUGGCUUCAGCGCCAGCUCGGCCAGAGUCCCCGGCACCUGCCGCUCGGGCUUCAGCAGCGUGUCCGUGUCGCGCUCCAGGGGCGGCGGGGCCUUCGGGGGAGCGUGCGGAGGGGCUGGCUUCGGCAGCCGCAGCCUGUACAACCUGGGGGGCUCCAAGAGGAUCUCCAUCAGCGGGGGCGGCUGCAGAAUCGGAGGCGGCUAUGGCUUCGGCGGGGGCGCAGGCAGCGGAUUUGGCUUUGGCGGUGGAGUCGGUAGCGGCUUUGGCUUCGGCGGUGGAGCUGGUUUCGCAGGCGGCCUUGGUGGCGCCGGCUUCCCCGUGUGCCCCCCUGGAGGCAUCCAAGAGGUCACCGUCAACCAGAGUCUCCUCACCCCCAUGAACCUGCAAAUCGACCCCACCAUCCAGCGGGUGCGCACCGAGGAGCGCGAGCAGAUCAAGACCCUCAACAACAAGUUCGCCUCCUUCAUCGACAAGGUGCGGUUCCUGGAGCAGCAGAACAAGGUCCUGGACACCAAGUGGGCCCUGCUGCAGGAGCAGGGCACCAGGACCGUGAGGCAGAACCUGGAGCCCCUGUUCGAGCAGUACAUCAGCAACCUCAGGAGGCAGCUGGACUCCAUCCUGGGGGAGAGGGGCCGCCUGGACUCCGAGCUCAGGGGCAUGCAGGACAUGGUGGAGGACUUCAAGAGCAAAUAUGAAGACGAGAUCAACAAGCGCACAGCAGCAGAGAAUGAAUUCGUGACUCUGAAGAAGGACGUGGACGCUGCCUACAUGAACAAGGUUGAGCUCCAAGCCAAGGUGGACGCACUCAUGGAUGAGAUCAACUUCCUCAGAGCCUUCUAUGAGGCAGAGCUGUCCCAGAUGCAAUCCCACAUCUCAGACACAUCCGUGGUGCUGUCCAUGGACAACAACCGCUGCCUGGACCUGGACGGCAUCAUCGCUGAGGUCAAGGCCCAGUACGAGGAGAUCGCCCAGAGGAGCCGCGCUGAGGCCGAGUCCUGGUACCAGAGCAAGUACGAAGAGCUGCAGAUGUCCGCGGGCAGACACGGCGAUGACCUGCGCAACACCAAGCAGGAGAUCGCUGAGCUCAACCGCAUGAUCCAGAGGCUGAGGUCUGAGAUCGACCACGUCAAGAAGCAGUGCGCCAACCUGCAGUCCUCCAUCGCCGACGCCGAGCAGCGCGGGGAGAUGGCCAUCAAGGAUGCCAAGGGCAAGCUGAUGGAGCUGGAGGACGCCCUGCAGAAGGCCAAGCAGGACAUGGCCCGCAUGCUGCGCGAGUACCAGGAGCUCAUGAACACCAAGCUGGCCCUGGACGUGGAGAUCGCCACCUACAGGAAGCUGCUGGAGGGCGAGGAGUGCAGGCUGAGUGGAGAAGGCGUCGGACAAGUCAACAUCUCCGUGGUGCAGUCCACCGGCUCCAGCAGCUAUGGCGGCGCCGCGGGUCUCGGCGGCGGCCUGUGCCUGGGCGGAGGCAGCAGCGGCUACUCCUAUGGCAGCGGCCAAGGCCUGAGCGGCGGCUUCAGCUCCAGCAGCGGCAGAGGCAUGGGGGCCAGCUUCUGCUCCACCAGCAAGUACGCCACCACCUCGUCCUCCAGCAGGAGGAGCUACAAGCACUGA